GGUAGACAACGUGUUCUGGGUGUUGCUGUUAUUGUAGAUUCAGAACAUAUUAAGCUUUCUUUAAAUAUGGCUGAAGUUUCACAAAAUCCGUCGAGAACUGUCUUGGUAGCAGUAGACAACAGUGAAUACAGUCUGGAAGCAUUCGAAUGUGAGUACAGCAAAAAAUCUAACGUGAAUGUGCCAGUUCAUACUCAAUUAUUAACGUGCCACCUUUCACGAAUUCAGCUGUAAGUUAAUCGCACGUUUAAGUCGAACUCGAAAAACGUUUUUUAAUCUCAAAAAGGAACCAUUUCAGUGCUAAUGUCUUCGGAUUUUGACAAUGGUUUUCCUCCGCUUCCUAAAUUUUAACAUGGUUGCGCUGCACAUUUCAGGACAACUUUGAUCUGCUUUCAUUAGACUCAUUAAAUAUUCAUUAUGAGUUUAAUUGUAAUGCUUAGUUUUAUUUACAUUUCUUUUAUUCCUCGCUUUUUGUUUGUUUUUCAGUAAUAUUAUAAUACGAUUUGUGAAUUGCUUGUAAUGUUUUUUACAACCAUGAACAUUAGCAACAAGAUAUGCCAUUAAUAUUACCCUACAAAAACCAUCAUACCUCUUAGCAACUAUCCUCCCUCCCCCGCCCCCCACCCCAACAAUAGAGGUACUCAUUCAAAAGAAAAAAGGAGUUUGCAGACCUCCAAAAAAGGAAAAAUAUAGACGUAGAAAGGUGGGUAAGGGAAGGGGAGGAGAGGAGAAGGAAGGAAGGGGGGGGGGGGGGGGGGUAAGCAUGAUUUCACCAGGAGAUGGAUAAAAUCUAAAAUUCAGACGAGUUAAAAAAGAUCCAAGGAUUCCCAACUCCAGGGAAGGAGGAGGGCCUCUCGCUCGGACAUCAUUCAUUUAUUUUUUAUUUAUAAACUACCAUUUUUAUUUUUAUAACGUGCCAUCUGUGAUGAUGCACCGCCAAUAGACCUAAUUCACUUUUCCAAACCCUGACAGGGUUCCUGGCAAAUAUCUACAUGAAAGGAAUGGAUGAAAUUAUUCUAUUGCAUGUAGCAGAACAACCACAUGUUCCAUUUUUAGCUGGUAAGUGCCCACAUUGUCCCUCAUAAAUAGAUACUAUAGUGAUUGACAACUGUGUUUGAAAUAAUUCGUGAUUUUGAGCAACAAGCUGAAACGGUUUUUUGUAGUAGAAAGAAGGUGGCUGAUCUAGGUAGCUUAAGGGUUUUUUUUUUGGGGGGGGGAUUGGUCAAAUCACCUAGGAGGGAGACAUUAGGUGGUCCCCAAUACUGGACAUAGUGGAAUGCCACAAGAAAAAUUGGCAAAUAAUGAUAUUCCAAGUCAAAAAUUGACAAAACACUGAUACCGCAUUUAUGAUCAGUCAAGCUUACUUAAAGUUGCAUCCACCUAGCAUAAUGAUGCCCUCUGUCACCAUGUGUUAAGUGAAAGAUAGUCUUUGUAAAGAUACUUCAGAGUGAAUUUUUUUUAGUAGUAUUAUUAAAGCAAAGCAUUCGUGAUGAGCUCAACUGCAGCAUACAAGAUUGUACCUGUCUAUAUUUGCUUUGUUCACUUUUUCCCCUGGGGGGGGGCACUUGGGUUUAUAUGGGUGGGUGUGUGCCGCCCAGGACUCCAAAUUGGUACCCCGUUCUAAAAAGAAUGUCCCCUAAAAUUGAAACCCUGUUCUAGAAAUGGACCAAUUUUUUAUACUCCGUUCUAGGGUGCAACUGAGUACGAAAGUUUGCUUGUUAACACAUUGAACCAUAUUUGUAAAAGCAAUCUGUCGUUGAAUAAUUUCAAAUGGCUGCUGACAAAACUGGAGCUUUCGUGCGUUCGAAAUAUUAUACCCUGUUCUAGAAAAUGCCUCUGAAAUGGAUACCCCAUUCUAAAUCAGCAACUUCAAAACAAAGUCACGACCACGUUGGGCGGCACAUAGCCGUAUGGGUAAUGUAUGGGAGUACCCCCCCCCCCCACACACACACACACACACACACACACACACUCACCGGGACUUUUUCUUACUCUCCUUUUCCGAGGUAAUAAAUUGCAACCAUUUUUUCAUCAAUAUAGAUCUGAGUUUGAUCGUAUAAUUUAAAUUAAGAAUACUGGAACUCAUAUUCCAAGGACUAAAGUUUCAAAAUUUUCUGACAGAUGCCUUGGGUAUUGAGGAAUGGAAACAGGAAGUGAAAAAAGUAGAGGAGCAUGUCAGAGCUGUGGAAAAGAAAUUUAUUGAUAGGUGUAAGGAGCUAGAGGUAGGGAUGUGUAGGUGUAGUGAAUAAUAUAUACCACUUAAAUAAGUGAUGCCACCCUCGAAUAAGUGCCACUGAGUCCUAAUUAAUAUAAUCGAAAUCGUAAGGCUUUAAUUUUUUUAGUUUAAUAUGGAAAAUAAUAAUACUGUUCCAUACUGUAAUACAAUAAUUAUCACAUAAUUUUGGUCCAACAUGCGCCCGUGAAAAGGCGAAGAAUACGAGGUGUUUUGAAGGAUCGUGAUUUUCACCAUCGUAAAGCCGUGAAAAAUUUAAAAUAGGUGUCUUGUCCUCAAAUGAAUCUCUCUUCGCACUGGCAAUUUUCCUGAAAUAUGGAAAAACGCUGCCCUUGAAAUAAGCACCACUUUUGAGGCAUUAAAAUUUAACAAGAACACUGAAGAACGUAGGAAAUGUCAUCGAUGUAUAUAUGCAUACAAGUGUAUUAAUGGCCAACUAAAUCAUUCUUUGGACAUUGUAAGAAAGAGUGAUAUACAUUCUACAAUACGCGCAAUAACGAUACUAUUCCCCAAAAUUAAAUAUAAUUGGGGAAAACAAAUACCACAGCAGCUUGAUUUUUUUUUUUUUUUUUUUUUUUUUUUUUUUUGUAUCAUAUAUAUCGAUUUUAGCAUUCAGUCACACAAGAACACUCUUACAGCAGCAUUCAGUCACACUUGCUUGGUGAUUAGAUCAAGAAAUGAGGAGGCGAUUAUAAUUCUACACAAAACAGGAUUUACUCGCUAAAGAUUUUUUACUUCCUACUUUAUCGACGUCGAUACUUUUUAUUUGUUUCUGAAUUGAUUUAGUACGUAUUUUUGCGAUGACCGGAAAUACAUCUGCAGUCACAGGGUAUAUACGCGUGUACACAAAAAAUUCAAGAGCCUCAAUUUCAGAAAAAUUACGUCAUUGCUAGAGAUCAAAAGAGUGCUAUGGCACAUCAUUUUAAUCAUCGCCGAAAAUAAACUGCAUGCUCAUCGCAAGAGCAUUUGCAUACAAUGAAAGUUUACAACACCCGAUCAUCACAGUUUUGCUAAGAUCCUUAUUUUCUUUCGACCACUCAGUAGUGUUCACUUGUUCCAAAGUAAUCAACGUUUUCAAGCGAUAGAAUUCGUGGACCAACAUGUUUUGGAAAAGCUCUAAAUUUAAUCUUUCCUAAGCUUUCUUUGCAAAACAUGCAUGGCUUUGAUCAUGCAACAAUUCUUAGUCCCAUGGCCAGUUUUCACGGUCUCCACAAGGAAUGCCUAGUACAAUGACCUCCCUUUUGUGUCCUAAAUACGACGAAAAACAUGUUGCAGAAAAAAUGUGUCUCGCUGCUAAAGCAAGCAAGACUAAUAAGCACCACAACAAGUAAAUACAGUAUAUUAAACAUCAGAUCAGGGUUCUUUGAUGAUGGGAAUGCCAGAGAAAACCUUCAAGAAAGCUAAGCUAGUGACUCAAAAUAAAUUAUGGCAAAUUUUAAACAUUAUUUAUCCCUUUUCACAUGAGUAUCCAAAUUAUAUGUACCAGUCAAUUCAAAACUACCCUUUCCCCCCAAGGGCAUACCCCAGGCAUUUGACUGGAGUUUUGUUCCAUACAGGGGGGAAUUUGUCCCAAAAUGUGCCCCCCCCCUACCCAAGUCAGGCAUUUGACUUUCAUGCCAAAACACUGGUCAGCAUCGCAAGCAAAAGGAUUUUCUUUAUUUUGGUUGUGUUUAGUAGGAUAUUUACAUUUCAAUAAACAGUUUGAUGCAUGGGAAAAUUUUUGAAUAGUGGGUGAGGGAUUUGACACCUUUUGAAGCACUAGCUGGUACGUAUGGGGCAUGCGCAUUUUUAAACUGCCAAAAUACCAGGGAAUUUCACCAAAAUUUUGGCAAAAAAGUCAAAUGCCCGGGGGGGUUGCCUGGGGUGGGGCGUGUCAUGGGCAGUUUUAGAAUAGACUGGUUCAUUAGAUUGGCCAAACUACAAAUUCUCAAAAAAUUUACUUUUCCUUUUGGAAAAUCAUAAGAAAUAGAAUAUAGUAUGUACCAUGCAAAAUUUCUACCAAAGAGGUUUCAUCUGAAUGGAAACAUCAUAGGAUUUUGUCCACAGGAUUUUAAAAAGGUUUAAGUGACAAAAAAUCUCACCAUACCUCGGUUAAAGAGAGUCUGAGUAAACUAAAUUACAUUUUUACCCAGCUCCCAGCCCUGGCAAUUUAUCUUCCAUUUCACAGUCCCUGAAUAAAUCUUUUAUUGUGGUUUCUUUGUUCUUGACAGCUUGCUCAUGUGACAUUCAAGUUGGAGCAAGGCAAACCAGGAGAGAAGAUCUGUGAAGUAGCCUUGAAAGACAAAGUCAAAUUUAUAGUGUUAGGCAGCCGUGGCAUGGGAGCUAUAAGACGCACUGUUCUAGGAAGUGUAAGCACUUAUGUCAUCCAUCAUACAAAAAUCCCAGUUAUUUUUUGCCCUAAAGAUCAUAACUAAUCAAAACUUGUCUAAAAAAGACCUCAUGGGGGCCCCUUUAAAAUGAAGGGGUGAUUUUUGUACCUCUAACAGGCUGAACGUUGAGGAUCGGUACCACAGGAGCUUGAGGGAAUGAAUGACUACUUUCUUACUUGUCAUUCAGAUGAAUUAUUGUAAUCAAAAGUUUGCUGGUGCUAUUAAAUUUGUUGUCACUUCAUGUGUACCUCCAAAAGGUGAAACUGAAUAAGAGCCACACCCAUGAGUGAGAUCUAUGGUGCUUAAUUACCAUUUGACAGAAAAAUUCAGUUGAGUGUCCUAAGCAUAACACUAAGCUAUUUAAUUACUAGGUUACUGUAGAAUUGUUCCUUCAAUUACAAAUUGAAUCUGAAAAAGGCUCAAGUUUGUGUAGCGUGAUUCUGGAACCAAACAAAUGGAAAAUGGUAAAUAAUAUUCCCUUCAGUUUAACCAACCUUAAUGAAAGCCUGUUACCGCAAAUGUAGUCCUCAACGUUUGGUUGGAAUUUCCAAAAAAUCACAUUAACAUUAGCAUUCCUCCGAAAUAAUGAAAUUUUUUAGCUAAAUGGUAAGCACCCCUUGUACAGUGUAGGGGUGAGGGGUGUUUUCCAAAGGUUCCAACAAGCUCCCCCUUCUUUUUUAUAGGGAAGUCACCCAACAUGGUCUUUAACCCAACAAUCUAAUUGUUCUGGCUUGUAUAAUGAGGUUUCAGUUCGUUUGACCACAUAGUUGUCUAAACUGACAGAAUUAAGAACUUUUAGCAGGGCUUAUAUUUAAAGACAGAGGUUUAAAUAUGAAGAGAGAGUAUAAAAUCCAAAGAUUGUUUUUGUUUUAAAUGUCACUUGUCAAAAAAGGUGUUAAUUUGAGUUACCGACAUUCAAGGAUUGUCUUCAUUAAGUUGUUCAUUAUUUAAUUUCCCAAGUGAGAACAAUAAAGCCAGUCAGUUAUUU